AUGGCUACCAACAGCAUCAAGUUACUGACCGGCAAUAGCUAUCCUGAGCUCGCAGCUCUAGUAGCUGAUCGACUUGGAAUCGAGCUCACCAAGAUCCUCGUGCUUCAAUACUCGAACCAGGAGACUUCCGUGACUAUCGGAGAGUCGGUCCGAGACGAAGAUGUCUUCAUCCUACAAUCUACGCCACCAGGCGAUAUCAACGAUGCGCUCAUGGAGCUGCUGAUCAUGAUUAAUGCGUGCAAAACGGCUUCUGCUCGCCGCAUUACUGCUGUGAUUCCAAACUUCCCUUAUGCUCGCCAGGAUAAAAAGGACAAGUCACGCGCGCCUAUCACGGCAAAACUCAUGGCAAACAUGCUUCAAACUGCUGGUUGCAACCAUGUCAUCACGAUGGACCUCCACGCCAGCCAGAUUCAGGGCUUCUUCAAUGUGCCUGUAGACAACCUCUACGCAGAACCGAGUACGCUCAGAUGGAUUCGUGAGAAUCUGGACGUCAAGGACUGUGUUAUUGUCAGCCCAGAUGCAGGAGGUGCAAAGAGGGCAACUUCGAUAGCCGAUGGCUUGAACCUUGGCUUUGCCCUCAUUCACAAGGAGCGAACACGCCCGAAUGAGGUUUCGCGAAUGGUUCUGGUCGGAGAUGUACGAGGCAAGACAGCCAUCCUGGUCGACGACAUGGCCGACACAUGCGGAACGCUCGUUAAGGCGGCGGACGUGCUGAUCUCCGAGGGUGCAAAGGAUGCGCUCGCAAUUGUCACACACGGCAUCCUGAGUGGCAACGCCAUCGAAGCUCUCAACGGCAGUAAACUCAAGAAGAUCGUUGUCACCAAUACCGUACCUCAUGAGGAUAAGAAGGAGCUGUGCGAUCGUAUCGAGACGAUUGACAUCAGUCCUACUCUUGCCGAGGCCUGCAGGCGUACCCACAAUGGCGAGAGUGUUAGUUUCCUCUUCAAGCACGCGCCUGUCGACUAA